AGGAAUAUCAGAAUGCGUGUUUUGGCCCUUAGAGAACAAGGAUUCGCCAGUAAUGGAGAAGAUAGUUAGUCUCCUGAGUAUUAAGAGCGUCCGUUUCAGGGCAUCGCGGUGGAUUCAAGGCAAAUAAGAACGUGGCAGAGGGGCAGUGGGGGGGCGAAGAGGGAUGGGGUAGCUCGCAGCGGUUUCCCUCCCUCGAUGUCAGGUGAAACACUAGAGGAAGGGGAGUGAGUUAGGGGGUCUGGCUGCCAGGCUCGGGCGCGUUCCCGAGGACUGCCAAAUCGUGGAGUCCACCAACCAGAAAUAAGUCGCCUUCCCGUGGCUUCACUUUUAUGUGUGACUGCACCACAUAGCGGCCGUUUGCCCGAAAAAUCUCCGUCCGAUUGCGCCUUGUAAGCUUGAAGGAUACGCGAGGAGCUGAGGAGCGGCACGGGAGGACUGCCUGGUGGCAGGAGAGCGUGUGUGAGUACGUGCGUUUGUGUGAGUUUACCUGUGUCCCCGCUUUUGGCGCGCAGGCCCGGCGAGGCGGCUGGGCGGUGAAUGCUUCUCGUCUUCCUCAGUGUGCUUUGGCUGCGGGUACCGGUCGUGUCCCCUUUGCUAGCGCGCGAUCAUGGCUAGCAGAGGGAGAGAAUGUAUGUGAUUUUCCCUCUGGACGACUUGUUAGAUCUGAAUAGUGCGAGAGGGAACAAACGUGUAACAGCGUCGUCGGCGGCAAGGCUCGGCCAGAAGGGAAACACUGUAGUGCAAGUUUUGUCUCCUUCCCAACCUAACCAACAACUUCCCGGUCAAGUUCAACCUCCUCAGAAACAGCUACAACAACAGCAACAGCACCACUCCUACCAUCAACUCCCGGUACCGCCUUCCCAACAAUCAUCACCAUCCCAACAAUAUAGGCUAGAACAGCAGCAACAACAGAAACAACAACAGCAGCAGCAACAACAACAACAACAGCAACAACAACAUCAGCAACAACAACUGACUUUACAGAGAACUCCGAGUACUCUUCAAAAGACACCGUCCAAAGCGUCCAGUAACAGUCAGUCCUCCCCACUUACCAAGUUACCUAGCAGUGUUCCUAGUAGCAGUAGCAAUAGCAGUCACAAUAGCUCGCUCAAGCAACAGGCGCACAAGCAACAGCGGCCUCACUUUCACGCCGACGUGGUGGUAAACCAGCGACAGCCUUCUUCGUACUCCACCUCAACAGAGACGUCCUCCCUCUCCUCUACUGGUGCUAAGACUAAAACUCUGUUGCGACCGCCGCAAGCCGAAGCCAAAUCCGUUAGUAACCGAUUUUCCUGGGGAGGAAGUCCUUCGGGUUCUCUACGUCAGAGUUCAGUGACGCGAAGCACAAGUUUUAGAAGCCGGGAAGAGUUGGGUGUUGACAGAAACAUAGCUGACCUGUAUAUCGGGGACGGGCGGCAGUUCGAUAGUCCAAGGUAUAAGGACUUGCGAGAGAGCGACUUCCCACCGGAGGUCAGGGGUGGCAGGACUUAUCCGAGUCAUAGUCACAGUUUUCGGUCACAUAUCGUUAAAAGUGGUAGUUUUCGAUCCUUCCUGGACGGGAGUGGUUCUCGUAGGUCGCAUCAGGUACCUGUUGCGGAAAGUGUCCGAUCUCAACAUCUCAGUGAGAGUGUGAAAACUCAGCAGCUUUUUCCUCUCGAAAGCUCACGACCUCAGCAAGGAAUCUCGAGUGACAGAGCGAGACCUCACCAUCUGCCCCUCGCUGAAAGCACACAGCCGCUUCAGGAUUUUUCCCCACAGACCCAGGAACCCCGGCGUUCCUCCGCUCACAGGCACUCCAGCAGCAGGAGUAGUCACAGCUCAGGGAGCCAAAAGGCUCCUGAGCCUUCCCCUCUUAGUAGCUCAGGCAGUGCUACAACACCUGGAACCCGGGGGGUCAGCAGCUUCAAAAGCACCAGUGGGUCGGGCAAGUUUCGGGGACAAAACAAGGGCGUCAUGGCCAGCGAGGUCAGUCUGCGGGAUCUGACACAUCCAAGUGCUAACGAAACCCUAAAACUACACAGCUCCGUCACCUUCAAACUCGUCAAAACAGGUAAAUAA